UGUCAGAGAGAUCGUAGCGUACGGUCAAACAAAUUGUUCUUGUCAGUUUUUCUUGUUUUUUUGUGAGAAACUCGAUAUUUGCUUUAAAAAAAAAGCAGAUACUUGUGAUCACUGAUCUAACUACAAAUUAAACAGUUCUUAGCUUUGCUCUUACGUCUCUUCUAACAGAUAAACAUGUCUCCAAUCCGUGAGCCUACUGUUGUCGGCGUUGCCAAUUUCAAUGCAGCUGAAGAUGCAGCUACCUUGAGAGGUGCCAUGAAAGGCUUUGGUACAGAUGAGCAGACGAUCAUCGACAUCUUGACUUCUCGUUCAAAUGUUCAACGUCAGGCUAUCUCUCAGGCUUUCACACAUGAAUAUGGACGGGAUAUUAUUGAAGACUUAAAAUCAGAACUGGGGGGUCAUUUCGAAGAUGUAAUAAUUGCCCUUAUGCUGCCACCUGCUGAAUAUCUUUGCCGGGAACUAAACAACUGCAUGGAAGGCCUGGGAACAGAUGAACAAGUCCUUGUUGAGAUUCUGUGCACACGCACCAAGCCAGAGAUAGCUGAAAUCGUGGAUACUUAUGAGAGACUUUACAACCGACCGCUAGCUGAACACAUGUGCUCUGAAACUUCAGGUGACUUCAGGCGUCUCUUGACUCUCAUUGUUACUUCGGUCCGGCAGGGCGCGCGGGACGAGGAGGCGGGGGUGGACGGCGCGCGCGCGGUCGAGGCCGCGCAGCAGCUGUACGACGCGGGGGAGGCCAAGUGGGGCACGGACGAGGAGAUAUUCAACAAGAUCCUAGCGCAUGAGAGUUUUGCGCAACUACGUCUGAUUUUCGAGGAGUACAAGAAUAUAUCGGGACGGACCAUCGAGCAGGCCAUCAAGGCGGAAAUCGACGGCGAACUGAAAGAGGCGCUGUCCGCUAUCGUGGAGUGCGUGGAGAAUUCCGCGGCGUGGUUCGCGACGCGCCUGCGGGCCGCCAUGCAGGGGCUCGGCACCGACGACCGCACGCUCAUCCGCAUCGUCGUCAGUCGCUCCGAGCUCGACCUCGGCGCCGUCAAGCGCGAUGGAGUGCGUGGAGAACGCGCCGGCCUGGUUCGCGCAGAGGCUGCGCGGCAGCAUGCAGGGCGCCGGCACCGACGACAAGGUGCUGGUGCGCGUCGUGGCCACGCGCGCCGAGCUCGACCUCGGCGCCAUCAAGCGCGAGUACGAGCGCCUCUACGACAAGACGCUGGAGAGCGACAUCUCGCAGGGCGAGACCUCCGGCGACUACAAGAGGGCCCUCGUGGCCCUCCUCGGACCGGCGUAGGCGACGGGAGGAGCAAGAAGAGUUUAGAAGAUUGGUGUGCAGCAAUACAUUAUAUAUUAUGAGAUUACGUUCUAAAUGUCGUGUCGCGUUGUUCGUCAGAUUGUAUCUCGAUUUUGAUAUUUUUAUCACUUUGAUAUUGUUAUUGUAUUCCGUAAUUAAUGUUUUAUGCAUAGUGGAAGAUUGUUCUCGAAUAUAUUAUUGCUUUAAGCACAAUUAUUAUUGAUGUAUAAUAAAAAUCAAAUUAAGGAAAACACAACCAAUAGUGACGUAAUAAUUCAUAAACGUAGAGAAUACAAGUAGGCUUUAUUGACGUGCCUUUCAAUAUUUAUAUUGUUUUCAAAAUAGAUAAAUAUAUUAAAAUGUUAUUUAUUAACGAAGUAUUUAGCAAGCGUUAAUUUUAUUAAUGAAAGCAUUCCAAAUUUAAAUUAUCCGAUGUCCCUCCCAGUGUGACUUAAGCUUUAAUUUAUACUUGUUCAUAGAAUAAAUAUUUAUUUCCUUU